GCCAACAGUGCCAAUAAUAUACCAGUGGCGGCUUUUGGAACUAAUGUGAAAAAUGUUUUGUCAAACAAGAAAAAAAGAAAACAAAGUUUUUUUAAACAAUGGAGGCGUCCAAUCUCAAGGAAUUUCCUGGCACAAUUAAAGUGGAACCCGAUCUGCACCUCAAUAGUUACUACUCACAUCCAGAUUUGGGGGAUUUAAAGCCGCAGGUGCAGGGCUUUUACUCUGGAAUCGCCCACAGUUUCCUACCGGAAGCCAUUAAGGUUCCACCGCCUUCGAGCACAAAUAAUCGCAAUCAUCCAACGUUCUUCCCCAUCUGCCAGCAAAAUAUAUCCAUCCCGAUACCUCCGGACGUUUACAAAACUCUCCCAGGAUCAUCACGGUCGCCUUCGACAAAUUCAACACUGUCCCCUCCAGCACCGCCUCCCAAGGAAAAGCCUUACCAGUGCAAGGUGUGCCCGAAGAAGUUCUCAUCCCCGGAAUACCUAAAGGUUCACUUCCGGAUUCACACAGGGGAAAAGCCCUAUCAGUGCAAAUACCAAUCCUGUCUCAAGCGUUUCACCCAACAAUCCGGACUAAAUUCCCACCUAAGGACGCACUCGGGUGAGAAACCCUUCGCCUGUACGCUGUGCGAAAAGCGCUUUUCGCAGAAAAUCAACAUGCAGCUGCACCUGAGGAAACACUCAGGUAUAAAACCCUUCCUGUGUCAUAUCUGCCAGAAGGCUUUCUACUCACCAGAGUGUCUCAAGAUUCACUACCGUACACACACAGGAGAAAAGCCCUACGAGUGCAAGUACCCCAAUUGCCAGAAGAGAUUCACCCAGCAAUCCGGGCUCAUAUCGCACCAGAGAACACACUCCGGGGAGAAGCCGUUUGCGUGCGAUUUGUGCGACAAGCGCUUCUCGCAGAAGAUCAACCUGCAAAUUCACGUGCGAAAGCACUCGGGCAUCAAGCCAUUUCAGUGCCAAUACUGCCAGAAGGCAUUCUACUCACCAGAGUGCCUGAAGAUACACACGAGGAUCCACACGGGAGAGAAGCCCUUUGAGUGCGCCAUCUGCCAGAAGCGCUUCAUUCAGCAAUCCAGCCUCAAUAGUCACAUCCGGAAGCAUGCUGGUGAUGAUCUAUGAAAUGGGUACAUCAAACAGCGCCACAAACAUGAUCAAAAUUUGUAAUUUUAGAAUCAUCCGGAGAAGCAGGACUUUCUCUUUUAAUUUCUCUAUAUUUCAUUUCAUGAAAUACAACAUAAUGAACACUCUACGGUGCAAACUUAUAAUGAAUUUAUUUGAAAUUAAAUAUCUUUUAUUUAGUAUAA